AUGCCAGAGGCAUCUUCUCCCUCGGUAGGGGAGCUAUCACUGGCGUUUCCCACUUCUACGUCUGGGAGUACUGGGACGACGCUUCGGACUCGGGCUUCUCUCGACCCGUGCCGACUUCCGGGGUGGAGAGAGCACAGGGGCGUUGUCAUUGUCGGGAACAAAAAUAAACCCGCGUACGCGUGGAGAGGACCGAGUCGAGCACUUGCUGCUAGAGCUGACUUUAUUGAGAUCCAUGCUGCUUAUGGCUACCUACUCUCUUCGUUCUUAAGCCUAUCCUCCAACAAACGCACUGAUUCUUACGGUGGGAGCUUCGAGAACCGUAUCCAUCUUUCUCUUAAGGUUACCCAGUUAACGCGGGAUACCGUCGGAUCUAGAAUGCCCAAGCUUGAGAAUACAGUUGACUUUGCUCAUGCUUUAGCGGAGCAGGGUUGUGUUGAUCUUAUUGAUAUUUCUAGUGGUGGAGUUCACGCUACACGAAAGGCACCCUUUGCUGCUGCUGUGAAGAAGGCUGUCGGUAACCGUCUACUCGUGGCCGCUGUUGGUAUGAUCAACCAUGGCGAUGUGGCUGAGAAUAUUUUGCAAGACGAGAAUCUGGAUCUCAUUCUCGUUGGCCGUGCCUUCCAGAGGGAUACUAGUUUGGCAUGGGCUUUUGCAAAGGAUCUGGAUGUUGAAAUUGCUAUGGCGGCGCAGAUCCGUUGGGGUUUCACCAGCUUCCGCAACGCCUCAGAUUACAUUCAGCCGAAUUCCAUGAAGGCAUCGAUCUUCGAUUAA